AUGAGAGCUUUUGUGCUGCUGUGCCUCCUGCAUGCUGUGGUCGCCCAGGGGGGUCCGUACAAGUGGAGGGCAGUGGAGCAAGAGAAUCCUGAACCGGGCUCAGAAAGCAUUUGCAUUACAGACUCGCAGUCCUGUGGUUGCUGUGUGAUGCAGCAGCAGAUUCAACGGAUGAAGACGUUCUUUAACAUGAGCAUCAGUGAGGUGGAAGCAGAGCUGGAGAAAACUAAAAAUAUCCUCAAUAACAUUCGAUCGGCUCGUAGUGCCUUCUCGGUGGCGUUGACCAACAGCAAGGACUUGACUUGUUUCGGGCCAUUCCGGGACGACGUGCUGAUCAAGUACCAGCAUGUUUUCAUCAACCUCGGACAGGGAUACGACGUAACCACUGGGAUCUUCACCGUUCCUCGCUCUGGGGUCUACAGCCUUGCCCUUACCGUCUACAGUGACGCGGGCGCUCCUGGAAACACCCUGGCGGCCUGCGGCUCCUUGCAGGUCAACGGCCGAGUGGUGGCAGGUCCCAGCGAGAGAAACAUGCAAGAUCAAGAGGACAGCGCCACCAUUGUGAUGGCCAUCCACCUCCACGCCGGAGACAAAGUGUCUGUCAAUCUGCCAAUCGGCUGCUUCCUCUGUGAUGAUGUCAGCCACUACAACACCUUCACUGGCUUCCUGCUCUAUUCCACAGACUAA